GCAUUCUCCACCUACUCAGCCCAACACAAGUCGCUCUUUCUAGAAAGCAGCUUUUGAAAUCUAAUGCUUUUUUAUGGAUAUCGAACUCGACAAAUCGAUAGCGCUUUGUUUUUUUUUUUUUGGCAAAGGGAUAGCCCUUGUUCUACUCGCAGAGUCCUUUGAUAUUAUAAAUAUACAGUAAUUCGACCGACAUGGGGUUGGUUGGUCACAAUCGGACUCCAAUACAACAUCGGGAGUUGGGAGUUGGGAGUGGGACUAAUCUUCUCUGCCGAGAAAAACUCUGAUUCCUGAGAGAGCCAUGGGAGAUGGAGUCAAAUUGGACAAGUGGGGCUAUGAAAUUAGAACCUCAUCUGACGCUUGCAUCGCCGCCAUCAAUGCGUACUAUGACCAGGUGCUUAGUUAUGGGAGGCGGAGGUCCGUAAUUUUGGAGGCGCCGGUCCAUGACAAGGACUGUGUACUCGCCAACACUUUGGUUGCUCAUUUUCUUUCCUCCUCCGAACCUUCUCGAGUUCUUCAUCAUCUUCGAGCAGCUGAGGCCCGUCUGGACCAUGCAACCUCGUACGAGAGAGCCGUUUUUGAUGCUAUCAGUUGUUUGAUUUCCAAGGAUAGAGACGAUGAUGUCGCUGUUGAGCUACACGCUGAGCUGCUUAAAAAAUUUCCAAAGGAUCUGGUGUCUUUGAAAAGGGCUCAAGUGCUGUGCUUUUACAUGGGAGAUGCCAAUCUAUCUUUGGCUUUGGUUCAGCAGGUUUUACCACAUAAUCAAGAAGAAGAUUUCAUUUAUGGCAUGCUUGCUUUUCCUUUGUUGGAGCUUGGCUGCAUGGCAGAAGCUGAAAACGCUGCAAGAAGGGGGCUUGAUAUCAACAAGAAAGAGGGUUGGGCACAGCAUGCGUUGUGCCAUGUUCUUCAACAUAAGUGUCAUUUUAAAGAAGCGGUUGAGUUUAUGGAAGCAUGCUCGCCUUCAUGGAGUGACUGUUCAUCAUUCAUGGUGACACAUAAUUGGUGGCAUGUGGCUCUCUGUUACCUGGAAGCCAAUUUUCCAUUAAAUAAAAUUCUUGAAAUAUAUGAUAAGUAUAUAUGGAAGGAGGUAGAAAAACCUGAUGCUAUGGGACCAGAGGUAUACUUGAAUGCCGUUGGUUUGAUGUUGCGGUUGUUUGUGCGUGGUGAAUUUGAUCAGUGUGAGGGUCGUCUGAAGAUCUUGGCCAAUGCCAACUGGCAUUUAGAGUGGCACUUCGACAUAUUGACAUUAUGGGCUUUGGCUAAAACUGGAGAGWUUUCUGCAGCAGAAGAGUUACUUGGGAGCUUGGAGUCCCGAUUGUUGAAAAUGACGUCAAAGAAACAAGAAAAGAUGCAAAGAGGAAUGCUGCUUGCAGAAGCUGUCUACAAGUACGGGAGAGGAGAUUACAAACGCGCACUAGACUUACUUGGUCUGGAUUUUGAUGCAAAUGACUAUAAGAUGAUUGGUGCAUCGAAUGAACAGGUUGAUGUAUUUAAUGAAGUAUGGUACGACAUCUUGAUGAACACAGUACACGCUUCAAAGGCAAUCGAAGUAAUCAAGAAGCAACUCGAGACGAGGGAAGGAGUUCCUUUUAUGUGGCGCCUUUUGGAGAGAGGGUACAGCAAAACAGGAAGGCCGGAGGAAGCUGCCAUUGCCGGAGGCAAAGCCGGAAGCCUGGAGAAGGCAUAUUUCAAGUAGAUGCCUUGAAGUUGCAGGUCUUCAUGAUCUUCUGCCAGAGUUGUUCUGUGUUUCCGUUUUGGACAAAAAAUUUAAACCCACGUAGAUUACGAAGAUUACUGCCUGUGUAAUCUUUUAGUUAACAACUGCUGCCAUGUAAAUUAUGACAAAGAGGGGAUUCAGAUAUUUAGUUUGUUUCUCGAAAAGUAGAGAAUAUGAAAUUAGCGGUUUUGUUAUUUCUUCACAA